CCUCGUCCCACUGCUGCUGAAUAGAGCAACAAGUCGGCCGCGCGGGUCUUGUCUUGGUCGUCACUUUUCAGCAUAAUAUACAUCUUAAUCAGCGUCUACGUUGCUUCGUGCUGCGGCAGCCGAUAAUUGUCUGGCAAACUCUGCAGUCAAAGAACGGCGCCGAGGACAAGAUGGCGAACCCAACACCUGACAUUAACUCCAUCCUCAAGAUGCUUGGUGAUGCGACACAGCGACCGGCAACUUCGACACCAACCCAAAGCCACACCGGCAUUCCGGCGCCUGCGCAGCCAUUGCCCUCAGGAUACGCACCCCCCGGACAGAACCCUUAUCCGCCUCAGCCUGCGUCAUACCAGCCACCGGCCGCUUCCUAUCCGUACCCGCAGCCCGCGGCGAGCGGCAGCAUCGACUUGAGCGCAAUCCGGCCUGUCAACUCCGGCACAGUGCAGCUUGCUGAUGCAAUCGCGAAAGCCAAGGCAUACGCGGCGGAGAAGGGCGUCACGCCUUAUGACCGGCAGAAUGCACCUUACCCAGAUCCGCGCCAAUCAGACUCGAGGCAUUACCAACGGUCGAGGUCCAAGAGCCCCCGUGGACGAGAUUCUUACCGGGACAAUGUCAACCCUUACCGCGAUGAAAGGCGUGCCGAUCAUGGCGGUCAGGAUCGCGGCUACGGACGCGACCGCUCUUACUCCCCCGGCCGUGGUCGUCAACCCUUUUCUCCCCGUGGUGGCCAUGGCGGCCGUGACAGGUCGCCGUUGCGCGGCAAGGAUGACAACGUCGAGACGAUUGAGAUUGAGGCAAGCCUGGUCGGUCUGAUUAUCGGCCGUCAAGGCGAGAAUCUGCGUCGUGUCGAGAGCGAGAGCCGCUGCCGGGUGCAAUUCAUCCCACCGACUGGUCAGAAUGACCAGUUCCGACUCUGCAGGAUUACCGGCCCUCGACCGCAGCGGGAGGAGGCUAAGGAGAUGAUCAACAAUAUCAUCCGCGACAGCGGCAUGCGCGGGGGCCAUUCCCAGGGCGGCGGCGAUCGCGGCCGUGAUGGUCGCGGCGGUCCGCCCCCUGUUCCCAAGGAUGGGGAGGACAGCCUGCAGAUCAUGGUUCCCGAUAGGACCGUGGGCCUGAUUAUUGGGCGUGGUGGGGAGACCAUUCGUGACCUCCAAGAGCGUAGCGGCUGCCAUAUCAACAUUGUUAGCGAGAACAAGAGCGUUAACGGCCUCCGCCCGGUGAACCUCAUUGGGUCUCCUGCCGCCGCUCGGCACGCCAAGGAACUGAUUCUUGAGAUUGUGGAUAGCGACAGCAGGAAUGGGAAUAAUCCAGCAGGUGGCCGCGGCGGUCGGAACGACCACUUCGGUAGCGGCGGUGGCCAUGACAAGGUGAACGACUCCAUUUAUGUCCCUUCGGAUGCCGUUGGUAUGAUCAUUGGCAAGGGCGGCGAGACGAUCCGAGAGAUGCAAAACGUGACUGGGUGCAAGAUCAAUGUGUCGCAAUCGUCGGGACCGGGUGAGGUUGAGCGGGAGAUUGGACUUGUCGGUACCCGGGAAGCCAUUGCACAGGCGAAGCGGGCCAUUGAGGACAAGGUUGAUGCAGCGAGGCAAAAGUCUGCCGGCGGCGGGCGUGGUCGUGGCCCGCCCCGUGAUUAUGAUAACCCCAACUAUGGCCAGGCAUCUAACACCAGCAGCGCCCCCAUGAACGCGCCAUCUGGCGGAGCGGCUCCCGCAGCUGCGGCUGGGAGCGGUGCACAGGCUGACCCGUACGCCAUCUACGGUGGCUACGAGAAUUACAUUGCUCUCUGGUGGCAGUCCCAGCUUGCUGCCCAGCAGGCCCAGGGCAACCAGGGAGGCAACCCCCAGGCUCCUGGGACCUCGUAAUCUCGCCAUGACCCUCGACUCGCUGAUGCGCUUGAUGUUGACCGCCCUCUCAACUCGUU